AUGGCUUCCAAACUCUUCAAGGGAAUGGCCCUCGCAGGCCUCGUCUCCGCCGCGGCGGCUUGCUCGACCGAAUCCGACGUGACGGUCACCUUCUAUGGCUAUCCCGACAACGAUCCCCCGAGUGCAGACAUUGCCUAUGACUGUGGCCGUGGAUACACUGCUGGUGGUACCGGUACUUACAGCGACCCCUUGACCUUCGCAUCCGCGUCCGGUGAGUUCGAGCAGUGUGAGAUCAUCUAUCUUCCCUACCUGAAGAAAUACCUUCGGUACGAGGACGAAUGCGCCCAGUGUACCACGGACUACAAGUCCGGCAAGCUGCACAUCGACAUCUGGACUGGCUCCAACUCCGACGGAGGCGACACCCAAAUCGAGUGCGAGGACAACUUGACUCCCGACUCCCAGUCGAUCGUCCUCAGCCCGGCGAGCUCGUACACCGUCGACUCUACCGCACUUUUCGCCAAUGGCAAAUGCUACACCUCCAACACCUACAGUGGUGCUGAGGCGUCGACCUACUGCUCUUCUUCGGGAUCCGGCAGCAGCUCCGGAUCCAGCUCCAGCUCCGGGUCCAAGCCAACCUCGACGGCAAGCUCCGGCUCGUCGUCCUCUUCGUGCUCUUGGUCGGGUCACUGCGCCGGUGCCACCUGCUCCACGGAGAAUGAUUGCUCGGAUGAUCUCACCUGCCAGAACGGCAAGUGUGCGUAA